AUGUCCAUUGCGGCCAUCGGGGCAAUGUCCAUCUCAACUAUGGCAACCAGGGAUCAGCCUAACCAGCCUACAGUGCCCAGCAACUUGCAGCUGCCGCCAUUGCCAAAGCCGAAUGUGCGCAAGAGGCUGCUGCAGGCGGCGACAGGCUUUUUACUUGGAAGUGCCGCUUCUGUUGCUUUUACUGCAACCACGAUUGGUAGCAUCUCCCUCCUGGACGACGACUCUGCCUUGACUUCGGUGUUAUCUGUGCUCGUUAUCGCGGAGUCGUGCGUAGCCUUUGGCUGUUGGCUUGCCAUCAUGCUUGUGGACCCUGGCACAGUCAAGAGGUCGGCAGAGACGACGGACCCUCUGCCCGCCAAGAUUGUGAGCCAGCUUGCGAGCGCGGAACCCAUGGACUCACUCCCCAUGCUUUUGGUUGAGGACGGGGAGAUCUUCUGCACACAGUGCCUCGUCUGGCGUAAGAAGACCACCUCCAAGGACCUCGCAGGUCUGGCUCACUGGACAUGCUGUGUGCCUCGGAGACGCUACGUGGAGCUUUGCGGGCACCAUUGCGAGGUUUGCCAGCGGUGUGUCCCGGCAUUCCAUGGUCACUCAAACAUGCUCGGGACGUGCAUCUCCAAUAGGAACAUCUACUUUCUAGCCGUGCUGCUGAUGAUGGGGGGGAUGGGCUUCAUGACAGCAUUGUGUUCCGUGUUCAUCGUCUUUUUCCAGCGCGACAAGUGA